AGCUAACAUAGCCAACAAACAGAAUAGCUCCUAGAAGAAUUCACUUAUAUCAAGUCCAAUAUAUGAUCAUAGUCGUGUUUUUUUUCUCCAUCUAUUUCAUGCCGAAUCCCCUCCCUGACGUAACCAAGAAUUCUAAAAAAAAAAAAAAUAAUAAUAAUAAUAAUAAUAAUAGUUCGAGUUAAAUUGUCGGAGAAAGUCACUGUGUGGAUGCCAAUUGGAAGAUGGAUGUCUAUGCCCCAGUAACAGACGGAGAUUCCGCAAAACAGCAGGAACGGCAUUACUACCUGUUGUCAGAGCUGCAGAACUUGGCUAAAGAUUUGCCGAGCUCCUUCCAGCAACGCCUGUCCUACAAUACACUUGGAGACCUGGCUCUGGCCCUCCUAGAUGGAACGGUUUAUGAGAUCGUGCAGGGGCUCCUGGAUAUUCAGCACCUGACAGAGAAAAAUCUUUACAGCCAGAGGCAAAAGUUGCACUGUGAACACCAAGCCCUUAAGCAAGAUAUAGCAAGGAAGCACAAAGAAGCCCUGCUGUCAUGCAAGUCUCACAACCUGGCACUCCUCAAAACAAAUCAGCUCGGUGAACAAGAGGCACUGGAAAUUCGUGUGCGGGAGGAACAAAGAAUGAUGGAUAAGAAGAUUGUGUCUGAGAUUGAUCAAAAAGUUACAGACCAACAGAAUACUUUGGAGAAGGCUGGAGUUCCUGGCUUUUACAUCACCGCAAAUCCCCAGGAGCUGACAAUGCAGAUGAACCUGCUGGAGUUGAUCCUGAAGCUUCAACAGAAGGAGUCCCAGUCUGGAUUUGUAUGACAAUGAGCUCAAAUGUUACUUGGCAAUACAUGAAUUUGAAGUUUGUUAAUGUUGCAAGGUGCAUGAACACGUGAAUCGUGGCUGUCCCUGAAAGCUGAUUUUUUUUUUUUCACCCUCAUGCAGUGUCAUGGGUUCUUCAUGGGAACCUUUUGGCUUUGGAGAAACCAAAUCCAUUAAGAUCCAGAAAACAUCUGAGCUAAACGAAAGGAAAUAGACUUAAAUCUGGAUAUGUGUUUUUUAGAUUUGAGAUGAGUGUGACGGUGCCUGUUUUGUUCUAUUUUGAUCUGAUUUGAUUGUGUAUUUAUUACAACAAUAAUUGAGACGCACUGCACUUUUUGAGUACUAUUUCUUUGUUGUGGAUGUAGUUAUUUAAUUUUUAUUAAUUCUUUUAGGUUUUGGUGGAGAUGGGACCAACUUGAAGAAAUCUUCUCGAUAACGUUAAAACUGUUUUUCUCUUCUGCAUACAAAUAAUUCAAACGAGAUUAUUUUUGAACAUUACAUCUUUAUUUGUAAUACAACAGUCCAUGUUGAAUGAAAUGUUUUAUGUGCAGGUCAAUUAACCUAUUUAUUUUAUUUUUUUAAAAUGAUGAAUUUAAACGAAUAACUUAAUGUCUUACAAAUUUAAAGGCGUUCCCUACUUGAUGACUCUUCAAAUCUAUUUUACAUGACUUUGUAU